AUGAACAGCCUUUUAGCUGAGAUUGCCAGUCAAUACCCAAGCUCGUUGGCUAUUGAGGAUGGAUCACGAUCCCUCACAUACAACGAUCUCUUGCAGAAAGCUGACGCCCUAGGCCGUGCUAUCCAAGAGCACCCGUUGGAGCCGGAAGAGGCAAUCGCAGUGAUCCAUGGCCUCAGUAUUGAGAUGGUAAUUGCACAAGUUGCCCUUCUUCGUCUGAACUUGACAAGCGUACCCCUAGACCCUGGGCUGCCCAAGCUUCGCAUUCGGGAAAUGCUAGACGAUAUCAAAGUUCGCUAUGCGAUUGCUAGUACCGGUUUCGAGGACCUCGGAUUUUCUAUCAUUUCAAUGCCAAUCGAAUCUCGCGCCAUUAGUCUGGAGGACUCGUCACCCGGUCUUGUCUCACUGAGAGAACCAACUCGCAGCCAUAUUCUUUACACCUCCGGAUCAACUGGUAAAUCAAAGGCAGUUCAAAUCACGCCAACUAGCCUGGUUUGUCUUGCCCAGUCAACGAUGGUAACUCCACUCCAAAGGACUGAUCGCGUUGCUUUGAUCAACAAUUCUGGAUUUGACAUCUCGCUGUUCGAAGUAUGGGCCACCCUGCUUGAUGGUGCUAGAAUGGUCGUUGUGCCCAGGGAGAUUGUCAUAGAUCCAUUUGCUUUUCGGGGCUUCAUUGUCGAGAAGCGGUUGACUGUCGUUCUUCUAACAACCUCUCUUUUCAAUGCUACAGGCUUUGCUUGCCCCACGGCUUUUAAGGAUGUCCGUGAGGUCUUGACCGGGGGCGAGGUCGCUAGCCCACUGGCAAUGCGCACAGUCUUGGAGUCAGGGGGGCCGCCUACACUGGAUCUGAAAGCACUUGAAAGUGCUUAUUGGGGAUACUAUAAAGGAGUCCAAAACGAAGACGGUAAUGAAACUCAGGAUUCGGCAUUCGUGGCCAUGGUCCGAGAUCUCUGGUCGUCGUUGCUUGGAAUACCGAUAAUCAAGGAGGAAGACGACUUUUUUGAGCUGGGAGGUUCAUCAAUCAAGUCAGCGAUGCUUAUCAGCAGAUUGCGGAUGACAACGGGCAAGUCUGUUUCCAUGAGGGCCCUUCACCAGAAUUCUCGAUUCGUCGAAUUUGUUGCCUAUUUGAAUGAGUUCGCUGAGGGUGCCGUGGCAAGGCACCAGUCCGAGCGAUGGAGAGAAGAUUCACACAUGGCAGACGGCCUCAGCAUCAUACUUGGAGAGACACCGGAGUGGACCUCAAAGGAUGAAGGCCGAGUAUUCAUGACUGGUGCUACUGGAUUUGUUGGCGUCAACUUCCUUGCCAGGCUUCUCCGCCACCCCCGAGUGAAAGAAGCUGUUUGCCUGGUACGGGCAAAGAGUAAGAUGAGACCUCGUACUCGAGUCGAAGAGGCUUUGAAGAAAUAUAAUCUCUGGGACGACACUGCUUCCAGCUUUUCAAAACUCACCGCACUCGAUGGAGACAUCUCCAAAGACCGGCUUGGGCUCUCACAAGACAAAUUCACCUGGCUCAGUCAGUUGGCUAGUGUGAUAUUCCACUUGGGAGCGAAAGUAAAUUUCUGCGAACCGUACGAGGCCCAUUUUGAACCCAAUGUUUUAGGCACGAAGAAUGUGCUUGAGCUUGCCCUGAGCGGUCGACGUAAGGCGUUUCAUUUCACCUCCAGCAUCGAUGCCUGGGGUCCCAAUGGAUUGAUUCUCGGGACACGGAAAUGCCUGGAAGACGAAACUCUCGAGCCGAAUCUAAAAGGUCUUCCAUACGAUAUCGGAUAUGCCGCAAGCAAAUGGUGCUCUGAGCAAAUGGUGCGUACUGCUCGCGAUCGGGGCCUUCCAACAGCAAUCUAUCGUCCCGGAUUCGUCACAGGAGAUUCAAAGACAGGUGCCGGCAAUCCGGAUGACUUUUUCGCUCGUCUGAUGGUUGGUCUAGUUGCUCCUGAUCCGGCCGACUCAGUCAAUUUAGAGAAGACGAUCAGUGUCAUCAAUGACGCUGGAUAUCCAGUAGAGAGCAUCCCAUACUGGGAUUGGGUCAAUCGACUUCACGAUCCCAAAAAUAGCGACAAUCCACUUAUGCCUCUGAUGCCUCUUAUUCAAGAGAAGGUUUGGGCUGACCUGACACGGUUCCAGACGAGUCAAGAUACGCCGCACUAUGAUUCUACGAAUACAGUGGCGGCCCUCGCAGAUGCUCCGGAUAUUGGAUACAUCGCGUUUAGUUCUGAACAGCUGAACCGCUUCUUGAGAUUUUGGAGAUACAAGAGCUUCUACCAUGUUUGA